UUACUCUGUUUACGUCUGUGUAGGGGUGACAGUAUUGUCAGUGAAGAACAUAACACUUAAUAGUCCAGACAGAGGUGUAUGAGUUGAACCGCAUGCUACGUUUACAACAAUACGACCAAUGACCCCUGAAACUUUUACUUGAGAACUUUAUUGGAAGGAUUUUGUUGCUUAUGGUGGGCUAACGGGAGGUGUCACCUUCCUAAGUCAUUGGAACCUGUAAAACCACUCCCCAGUGAUUCACUUCGAGCUGAACAAUGUCAAAAGUGAUUUGAAUGUUGCGACAUGGAUUGCGGAAACUUAGCCCGCUAGACUUCGAGCAGUAUUCACCUCUCCAGUUCAGAGGCAGUACACAGCUUAGUCUUUCAGCUAUGGGAAACAUGGUCUGUAACAGCCUCGAAAUCCCUCCACCAAAGGGUCCAAAUGCUGCAGGAUGCACUGACUUUAUGAUGGAUCACACAGUGCAGGGCAGUUUCUUCCGCCUGUACUAUCCUUGCCACAAGAUGGACAAAGCAGCAAUGCCGGACUGGAUCCCGAGCAGAGAGUACUUUAAUGGACUGGCAGACUUUCUGAAAAUCAACAGAACUUUCAGUGAAAGAAUAUUCAACUGCCUCUUUGGGUCCUUUAAGAUUCCAGCCUUCUUAGAUGCUCCAUUUAACUCAACUGAAAAAUGCCCAGUAGUUAUCUUUUCACAUGGCUUGGGGGCAUUCAGGACUUUGUACUCAGCUAUAUGUACAGAACUAGCCUCUCAGGGCUUCAUAGUAGCCUCUGUGGAACAAAGAGACCUGUCUGCCUCAGCUACAUAUUACCUACGACAAAAGAGUGAGUUGGAGACUGCCAACAACAAUUCCUCAAAGGCAUCACUCAAAGACACCCUGGUGAGGGAGUGGAUGUACUACAGGAGUCUGGAACAAGGGGAGGAAGAAUUCCCCCUAAGAAACCAGCAAGUGCAACAGAGGGCUGACGAGUGCAUCCGUGCCCUUCAUAGACUCACGGACAUUAACUCAGGGGUGUCGGUCCAAAAUGUUUUGCUUACACAAUUUGAUUGGAAGACUUUGAAGAACUCAAUGGAUCUCAGCAAAGUGGCUGUGAUGGGUCAUUCCUUUGGGGGAGCAACAUCCAUAGAGGCUCUUGCCAAAGAGACAAAAUUCAAGUGUGCCGUAGUGCUGGACGCCUGGAUGUUUCCGUUAAAAGAUGAAACCUUCCCUCAAGUGAGUCAGCCCAUCUUCUUUGUCAACUCAGAAAAGUUCCAGUGGGCAGAGAAUAUUAAACGCAUCAAAAUGUUGGACUCAUCAGACAUAGAGAGAAAAAUGAUGACCAUCAGAGGGACCGUGCACCAAUCUUUCCCAGACUUCACCUUUCUGACAGGAGACUUUAUUGGCAAGUUGAUGAAGCUUAAGGGUGACCUCAACCCAGAAAUUGCAAUUGACCUUUCAAACAAAGCAUCACUUGCUUUUCUGCAACGUCAUCUUGGUUUGGAAAAGGACUUCAAUCAGUGGGAUCCUUUGAUUGAAGGCGAUGAUGAAAACCUCAUUCCGGGAACAAAUAUCACUUUGCUGCAGUCAGCCAUCUGACAAACUAAGCCACGGGGAAUUCCUGGAGCCUCUAUAACCUCUCAAUGUGCCCUUAAAAUGACCCACCAAUGUCAAGUAAAACGCUCACGGGGUUUAAAGUUGACAUUUGGAGAACAUUUUCUGCACAUAUUGUAACUGACCUUUAAAAAUUAUUUAAAGCUGUUCAUAAUUUCCAGCAUUUUAUGCAAUUAUUUUGUGGUUUUCAAGUUCUGUAUGAUAGUUUGUGUAGUGUUACUGAAGCCUCAUUUCAACUGUACAUUUAUACCACAACAUAUUUGCUGUUUAUCUUUUUCAUCAUGAGCCAAAUUAGUACACCAAAUGUGGCUAUAUAGAUCAACAGAAAAGAACUUAACACAUACAAAAGUGAGAUAUGUGCCUUAAUCCCUAGUGUAUGUCAGUGUAGCCUAUGUAAAUAUAAAAGGUGAUCCAUACAUAUAUUUUGUCUACACUGCAAUAAAUCCAGUUAA